CGUCUGUUCUGGAGAGUCACAAUGUCACAGUGGGGUCUCUUCUCCGGAAGUUGGCGGCCAAGUGAAAAAGCGAAGCGAAUUUGUUUCCAAGUUUUCCGUCAAGGUGGAGUUGUUUUGACGGGGUCUCCCCGAUGUUUCGCCCUUGCAGAGAGCCUAGCAAAGCUCCAACAAGCUAGCUAAGCUGUGAAAAAGCGUCAACCGUUCAUGGUUAAGAGGAUACGGCGUGCGCUGAUGCCUGUUUUUGGUUGGUGGGCCAUCAUGUCCCGUAAGACGAAGUAUGUUUUCAUCCUGGCGAUCCUAGUGGCUGCUAUUGUCGUGACCUGGGGAAGAGCUGGGAUCACCAAAGAUGACAUGGAGAGGUUACGCAGAGAGGAACUCAGCAGCCAAAUCAGAGAGGCUUUAGAACCAUUGGAGAAAAGACUAGGCAACUUGGAGAAAGGCGAUAUGUCGAAAGCAGACACGCACAGCUCGGAAGAUUCCAAGUACCCCAAGGUCAAGUUCCUCAUGGAGAAGGACAGGAAACGUAUCCUG